AUGCUUCAGACCCAGCGUCGUGUGACCUUCCAUCUUCCCGACGGUUCCCAGGAGAGCUGCAGUGACAGCGGGCUGGGAGACCCAGAGCCCAGCAGUGGGGCCAGUGCCACCCAGCCUCUGCCCCUCAGCUUUGCCCAGGAGGAGUACUAUGAACAAACAUCUCCAAACAGCCGCACCGAGGGAGACGGAAACUCAGACCCUGAAUCCACCAUCGAGGUGAACCUGCAGAAAGCAAUGGCUGAGGCCUCUGAGACCUGCACCCAGGAGUGUCUAAUACUGGGCCACUCCGACAGCUGCUGGAUGCCCCCAGCCCUGGCCCAGUUCCAGAGUCCUGGCAGCAACAGCCCCACCUCUACCCCUACCACCGCCACCAUCACAGCUACCCUCCCCUCCUUCGGCUUCCAGCAAAGCUGCUCGCGGGGAGUAAAAGCUAACAUGAGCAGCAUGGGGGUCAUGGACGGCCGCCAUACUCUGGGAAGGUCCGUGCCCAAAAAGGAUGAUUUGGACAAAGGGAUCAACCGGCCGCAGUUCUACAACACCCUGGACAGACACUGCGGUAGUAAGAAGGAGGACCCUGUCAAGGUCAUCCCCCUGGCAAGCUUCUCCUCGCCUGGGCAGCAGACCCCAACCGGCGCGGGCAGUAGCCCCUUCUUACACGAGCAUCAGUUGUAG